AUGAAAUUAUUAUUAUUAUUUAUAUUUUUAUAUUUUGGAUAUAUUCAAUCUGAUAGUAUACCAUCAUCAUCAUCAUCUGCAGCAUCAGAUCAACAACAAUCAAAAAAGGAUGAAUCAAUAUUUGGAAAGAUUAGUAAAACAGUAGAAUAUGAUUAUAUUAUAUUAGGAGCAGGAACAUCGGGAUCUGUAGUUGCCAAUAAGCUAUCGGCAAACAAACUUAACCGUGUUUUAUUGGUAGAGGAAGGUAAAUAUCCUCAACAUCCACUCAUCUGGGAACCAAAUGGAUGGUCUGACAACUGGAUCUUUAAUUAUCAGCCAGACUAUGCAAAGUCUUUCUUCUCAACUCCUCGAUCAAAUACUCAUAAUAGAUCGAUAGAGUUGAGAAGAGGUGUUGGUUUGGGUGGUUGUGGUAUGAUCAAUGCUAUGAUCUUUCAAGUUGGUGUAAAGGAAGACUAUGACCUUUGGGUAGAACAUUGUGGUGGUGACAUGGAAUGGGACUUUGACACAUCCAUUAAACCAUUGGUCGAUAGUGAAUUGUUCAACAAGGCAUUCAAUGUACGUGUUAAUGACAAGGACCGUGUAUUCCUACCAGAGAUGAAACAAGUACUCCAAGACGUUGGAUAUACCUAUGGUGAAGAGAUUGACACCAGAAUUGGUUUAUUCUUGGAUAGAAGGUUUGCACAAUCUUUUGACAAUCGAACCGGUCAUUGGAAGAGACAAACAUCGUAUGGUCAGUUUGUAGAUAAUAUCAUUGCCGAUCGUUCCAAUCUUGAUGUCUAUGAAGGUACAAAGGCACUAAAGUUGGACGUAGAAGUUGACAAGAAAAAGGCAAUGGUUGAAGCCAAAGGUGUCUAUCUCUUGGACAAAACAACACAUCGUAUCAUUUAUGCCAAAGUUAGAAAACAAAUCGUAAUUAGUAUGGGUGCAUACGAUUCUCCACUGUUCCUUCAAUUCUCUGGUAUCGGUGAUUGGGAAUCACUCCGUAGAGCUGGCAUCAAACCAGUACUCCAUUCACCAUAUGUUGGAGCAUCUGUUAGCGACCAAUAUAGUCAUAUACCUCCAUCAGCCUUUCUACAUGAUGUAGCUGCCGACGGCUACGUUAUCUAUGGUCCAAAACCAGAAGACAAUAAUGGUAGUCAAAAGAUUAAAUGGAUUCUUAAUCCAGAUAUUAGACCUUUCAUGGGUGGUAAUAGAUUCAUUUGUUUUGUUGAAUUGGUUUAUCCACAAUCUUCUGGUUCCAUUCAAAUUGAAAAUGCAACAACCACCAGUUUCACAGUUCCAUUGGUCGACAAAAACUAUCUUUCAUCACAACAAGAUAUCAAUGUCAUUCAAGAUGGUCUAAAAGCUUGUAGAAUGAUUGAAUCUAAACUUUUAGAAAGAGGGUAUCUUCAAGGUGAUGAAUUCUUACCUGGUUUUGCUGUUCAAUCUUUGGAAGAUCUUGAAAAACAUAUUCGUGCUACUUCUCUAACUGAUUAUCAUCCACAUGGAAGUGUUAGAAUGGGAUCAGAUGUUACAUCACCACUUUCACCAAGAUUAAAAUUAAAAGGAUCAAAGAAUAUUAAUGUAAUCGAUGCAUCUGUAAUUCCAGUGACUCCUUCAUCCAAUACCAACAUACCUUCAGUCAUCAUUGCUCUUAAGGGUUCUUCAUUCAUUCUUCAAGAAGAUGAAUAA